CUUCUAUUUUACCGCGAGUACUCCAUGUUCUUAAGAUCUUGUGUCGAUAGAGUUAGCUGCAUUGGGAAUGGCUCGCUCCCCGAAGUACACUACCCGAAUAGGAAUUGUUGGCACGUGAACAAUACUCCUCAUCUCCCUCUGCAGUGAAUGGAAUACAGCUGCAAUGGAAGUGACAAGCUCAAUGUCUGACAGCAGCAUCCUUGAUAUACUUCGUUGUUGUUACAUGAAAACUGACUAUCAUCCAGUCUUUUGAUUCAAUCUCAACUCCGGACAACCCCGCAAAAUGUCAAGACUCAACCAACAUUCUCUAUCCAAUGGAUGGAGCUUCAAAGAUGGCCAAGAUGAGUCGGGAAACUCAUGGAUGUCAGUUCCAGCAAUCCCCUCUGUAGUCCAUCAGGAUUUACUAGCCAACAAAAAACUUAAAGACCCAUUCAUCGGCUUCAACGAACUAAAUUCCAAAUGGGUAAAUGAGAAAUCAUGGACAUACCGGAACGUCUUCCAGAAGCCAGAAGUAGCCCCUGGCUCAAUAAUCGUCCUAGCGUUUGACGGCCUAGACACAUUCGCCAAGGUAAAGCUCGAUGGUAACAUUAUCCUGGAAAGCAACAACAUGUUCCUCGCCCACAGGGUGGAUGUCACCAAAGCUUUGGAAGCAGACGGCGAGCAUAUCCUGGAGAUCGACUUUGAUUGUGCUAUGUUGCGAGCUCAAGAGCUUCGUGACCAAGAUCCCAAGCACAAGUGGGCUUCGUUUAAUGGAGACCCGGCUAGGAUGAGUGUCAGGAAAGCCCAGUACCACUGGGGCUGGGAUUGGGGCCCAACCUUGAUGACUGCGGGAAUCUGGAGAGAUGUGAGGCUUGAGGUUUACACUACGCGAAUUGCGGAUUUGUGGAUGGAAGUGCAGUUAACGGGGGAUCACCAAGAGGCCACUGUUUCUGCUUUCGUGGAGGUAGACGGUGCAGCUGGCUCGCACAAGGCAAAAUGCACGCUAAGUUUACGGGGGCGAGAGGUUGCGUCUGAGCAGUCUACUGUGGGCGAGGGCGGUACUGCCAAAGUGACGUUCAAGAUCAAGAACCCUUCUCUAUGGUGGCCCCAUGGAUACGGCGAUCCAACACUCUACGAGUUGUCAGCAUCAUUGGCAGAUGGACACAAAGAACUUCACCAUGCUUCGAAGAAAAUCGGAAUCCGUACAGCAGAAGUUGUCCAACAACCUGACAAACAUGGGAAAUCCUUCUUCUUCCGAAUUAAUGGGGUCGAUAUCUUCUGCGGUGGUUCUUGCUGGAUUCCCGCCGACAGCAUUCUCCCUAAUAUCACCCCAGAACGAUAUCAAAAAUGGGCUGAGUUGAUGGUUACUGGCCGUCAAGUGAUGACUAGAGUCUGGGGCGGCGGAAUCUACGAAGAUGACAGCUUCUACUCGGCCUGCGACGAACUCGGAGUAAUGGUCUGGCAAGAUUUCAUGUUCGCCUGCGGAAACUACCCAACCUGGCCUGAGUUACUUGAAUCAAUCCGAAGAGAAGCAGUCUACAACGUCUCCAGACUGCGUCAUCACCCUUCGAUAGUAAUUUAUGUCGGGAAUAACGAAGACUAUCAAGUCCAGGAGCAAAAUGGACUUACAUACAACUUUGAGGAUAAGAAUCCGGAGAAUUGGCUGAAGACGGAUUUUCCGGCUCGAUAUAUUUACGAAAAGCUUCUGCCGGAGGUUGUUAAAGAGCUGGCUCCGGAUACUUUCUAUCAUCCUGGGAGUCCUUGGGGUGACGGGAAGAUAACGUCUGAUCCGACUGUUGGUGACUUGCAUCAAUGGAACGUGUGGCAUGGAAAACAAGAAAAAUACCAAGUCUAUGAAUCUCACAUUAUCGACUUCCAUAACAAAGCCGACGGCCACGAGCGAAGGAUUGCUACUUAUCUCAUUGAAAACGUGAGAAUGACCACUGACUUGGAGACAUACAUCUACAUCACGCAGGUAGUCCAAGCCGAAGCAAUGAUGUACGGAUAUCGCAGCUGGCGCCGCCAAUGGGGAGAUGACCGACGCUGCGGAGGAUCCCUGCUCUGGCAGAUGAACGACUGCUGGCCUGGAAUUUCCUGGGCUAUCGUGGAUUACUAUCUGCGUCCCAAGCCGGCGUUCUAUGCAGUUGCACGAGUAUUGAAGCCACUUGCUAUUGGGGUACAGAGAGAACAUUAUGAUUGGAGCGUUACUCAUGCGGAAUCACCGAAGACGAGCAAAUACAGCCUCUGGAUAGCAAGCAGUCUGCUGAAGGAGGUUUCUGGCAAGGUGGAAUUGCGGUUCAUUUAUGUGCAGACGGGGCUUGAGGUUCGUGAACAGAGAGUUUGGAAUGAUGUCCGUAUACAAGCAAACGGAACUACUGAUAUUAUCGUGGACGACAUUAUCGAUUACACGGUAUACUCAGAACCACAUGUCCUUGCCGCACGUCUCUGGGUGGAUAACGAAGUCGCAGCACGGGAUGUGGACUGGCCGCAGCCAUUCAAAUACCUGGACCUGUCGGAGCGGGGACUCAACAUUCAAAGGGACUUUGAAUCCGACGAUCUGCAGUCACUGCGGGUCAGCACGCGGGCGCCUGUCAAGUGCUUGGUUUUUGAAGAGCGAGACGGCAUCAAGGUUAGUGAUAGUGCCAUGGAUAUUAUGCCGGGGGAUGAGCAGUUUGCCACCAUCAUGGGAUUGAAGGGUGACUCUUUGAAGUAUAAAUAUCUGGGACAGUAGUGUAUCAUGAGCCCAGCUAUCCUAACUCAUCAAUAUGAAAAUCUGCCCAC